GAGCGUCGACGAUUGGUCUGGAAGCCGGAGGCCUCGUUUCCUAAUUGGUCAUGGUGUGCGACAGUUUCUCACUGAGCUGACGACCCGGAAGUAGCUCCAGAAGCGGAGGCCGCGUGGAUUCACCUCCUGGGGGCUGGGUUUUAGCGGCCGCUGCAAUGACCAAAAUAAAGGCAGAUCCGGACGCGCUGGAGGCCCAGGCGGAGGCGUGCUGCGGGGAGCGCACCUACCACGAGCUGCUGGUCAACCUGAACCCCAUCGCGCAGCCCCUGGCUUCUCGCCGCCUCACGCGCAAGCUCUACAAGUGUAUCAAGAAAGCCGUGAAGCAGAAGCAGAUUCGGCGCGGGGUGAAGGAGGUUCAGAAAUUUGUCAACAAAGGCGAGAAAGGGAUCAUGGUUCUGGCAGGAGACACAUUGCCCAUUGAGGUGUACUGCCAUCUGCCAGUCAUGUGUGAGGACCGGAAUUUGCCCUAUAUCUACAUCCCCUCUAAGACGGACCUGGGUGCAGCUGCAGGCUCCAAGCGCCCCACCUGCGUGAUAAUGGUCAAGCCCCACGAGGAAUACCAGGAGGCCUAUGAUGAGUGCCUGGAGGAAGUGCGGGCCCUGCCUCCACCCCUGUGAAGGACUUGGGCAGCACCCUGGGCACCUGCUCUGGAAGCUGCUGGGCUGGUGGCAAGCCAACUGGCUGCCCUCCUGCCACCCACACUGAUGGCUUCUUCCUGGCUCCCUGAGGCACGUCUUCUUCCCAGGCAGCUCCAACAGCUCUUUGAUGAAGGUAACGCCAGCGUCUUCUCCAUCCGUGCUGUUUCCUGUCAAGCUUAAGUGAACCAGUUCCGAGAAUGUGGAGCGGGGAAGUAAAUGCUAAGUCUAAAA